AUGAACUUUGAAAGCGGUUCGAGGCAGAGAUUACAGAAACAUUUUUUCAAAACCAUAUCUUGGUACAAGGGAUUUGAAAAAAACUUCAGUCUACUGAUAUGUACAUGCCAACUUCUGUUUCUGCUCGUAUUGCUUGCCUUUGUGGUGCUACCAGUGCUGGUCAUCGUUUUUCCCAAAAUUAUCACAACGAUGUUCUUCCUCAACUUCCGAAGAAUACCGAUGACUGAUUAUGCAAACGUCUCAGCCAAUAAUGUUCAAUCUAUAGGGAGAGCAUUCUACCUAGACGGGGAUGAAGGCAAUAUUGGCGUGUGGCACAUGCUUCCGAGGUCUGUGUCUGCUGAUUACCGUGAGAAAGGCAUUCAUCCCUCAGAUGAUGAGAUGGAGAAGUUGUUGUCAUCAGAGAAGUAUCCGAUCAUACUAUACCUUCAUGGGAACUCUUUUGAUAGGACAAUUGGACAUCGAGUUGAGUUGUACAACGUACUCAACAAGCUCAACUGUCAGGUGGUGGCGUUUGACUAUCGAGGAUAUGGUGAUUCGGAUGGUAAUCCUUCCGAGGGAGGUUUAGUCAAUGAUAGUCGCCUCGUUUACGAUUAUGUUAGACGUCAUAGUGCCAACAACACACUCAUUGUCUGGGGUCAUUCUAUGGGAACUGGAGUUUCUGUCAAAUUAGCGAUGGAUCUCUCCAUAGACGGUGAACCUCCUGAUGGUCUUGUCCUAGAAUCUCCUUUCAACAAUCUCAGAGACGCCAUCAUGAAUCAUCUCCUAAGCAUUCCAUUGCGAUGGAUGUCCGAAGAGAUGGUGCAGAAGUACAUCAUGAGUCCUUUGAGAAGGGUUGGUCUCGACAUGAAUUCGGACAAACGAAUUGCUAACAUAACAUGCCCAAUUCUCAUACUCCAUGCUGAGAAUGACCACGUUAUUCCAGUUAGACUGGGCCGCAAACUGAAGGAUGCUGCUGUAGCUGCCUCACGAGAUGUUAGAUAUGUAGAAUUUGAGGAAGCGAGGAACUAUAAGCACAAGUUUAUCUAUUUGGCUCCUGAGCUAUCGUCACUUAUUCCAGAAUUUAUCGCUUAUACGAAGCGGGCAAAGAAUCCGAAGAGUUCCUGA